UCAAAAACCCGAAAAUGCCAGCUCAGAAAAAUAUGCUGGUGUUUGUGGCUCUCUUUUCUCUUUUGCGACUGGCUCAGUGUCAAAAGUUGACAAGUUUUGACUUACUGGAGGAGUUUCAUGUGCCUGACUCAAGAGGAGUGAGGAGGGUGGACGGCUCUCAACCUGAGGCAGUGGCCUACCGGAUCAACCCCUCCAUCCAUCUACAGAAGUCCAUGAGCGAUGUGUACCCAGAUGGACUUCCCUCAGACUACUCGGUCAUUGCAACGUUUAGGGCGACCAAAGACACUGCCAAGCAUUCCUGGAACCUUUGGCAGAUCAGUGACCCUGAGGGACAAGAGCUGGUUGGUCUUCGGUUCCAGGGUGAUACACGUUCCUUAGACUUCUUCUUCACAAGCCCCCAUGGGAGCCAGAUGCUGAGGACCUUCCAUGGUGUGGAGAAGGUGUUUGAUGGAGAGUGGCACAAGGUAGGACUGAGUGUGAAGGGCAGCCAGGUGAAACUGCUGAUAGACUGUGAAGAGGUCAGAGUGGAGUCCAUUGAUGAGCCAAGGCCAAUCAUCCACCAAGGAUAUACCUCCAUUGUAAAGCGUGCUGCAGGAGAUCGCUCUGUAUCUGUGGAUUUACAGCAGAUGGAAGUGUCAUGUGACCCAGAAAAGGCCUAUUCAGAAGGUUGCUGUGAGCUCUCGAGCGUGUGUGGAGGAUAUGCAGAGAUCGGCCUCACGGGGGGAAGACCCUCUUGCAAAUGUAUGCAUGGGCAGCCUGGCAUCCAGGGCGCUCCAGGACCAAAGGGUCAUAGAGGCCUUCUGGGAGAGGAUGGAGACCCAGGGAGACCAGGGAACUGGGGCAUAAGGGGGAACACAGGAGAUUAUGGCAACAUUGGCGAACCAGGCCCAAAGGGUGAAGAAGGAAUCAAAGGCGAGAAAGGAAUGAGAGGACCCUGGGGCCAAGUGGGAGACAGAGGUCCCAAAGGGCUGAAAGGAUUAAAAGGGGCAGUGGGCUUUACGGGAAUUCGAGGACCACCUGGAGACAUCGGAGAGACUGGAAAAUCGGGAGAAGCUGGUGUUAAAGGCAUCAGAGGAUAUGAAGGGAUUCCUGGGUUUCAAGGAGUUAAGGGUGAAAAAGGGGCUUCUGGUGCAACAGGACGACCUGGGCUUAGAGGAAAGCAGGGCAUUGUGGGAGAUCCUGGAGAAAGGGGAACUCCUGGACUGAAGGGGGAACCUGGAAUUCAAGGACCUGUGGGCAGAGCUGGCACCGUAGGACCAAAGGGCAUUAUUGGAGAUCCGGGCUUACCUGGCAGAGAUGGUGAUCCAGGAAUAGAGGCUUAUCAAGGACCACAGGGCCUCAGCGGAAAACUUGGACAAAGUGGAGCAAAGGGGGAGAAAGGCACCCUGGGGCCACCAGGAGAAAUGGGUCCCAGAGGGCAAACUGGUCCCAGAGGUUACAAGGGUUCUGCAGGAAAGCCAGGAAGACCUGGAUUUAUUGGCCCACCUGGACCCACUGGACAUGUGGGCAUGCCUGGAAAACAAGGGCCCAAGGGUGACACGGGAAUCCAGGGUAUUAAAGGAGUUAAAGGUGUACAGGGGGAACAAGGAGUUAAGGGCCCGGCAGGACAGGUUGGAGACAGGGGUAAGCAGGGUCCUCAGGGAGGACGAGGGAAGCGCGGGCCUGCAGGCCCACCUGGACGUUCAGGUCCUGUCGGAGUCAAGGGUGUUCGAGGUGAACUUGGACCAGAUGGUUUUCAGGGGCCGCCAGGUCCCCCAGGUCCUACCCUCCCUGCUCAACACGUGAUUGAGGUUUGUAAAAAAGUGGUCCUGGAGCAGAUGUCCAUGUUUGCCAACUCAGUGAAGAGGACAUGUGCUGCUGUCUGUCCUCUGUACGGGGAUGUUCCCAUGGGUGCCCCUGGUCCCCCUGGACAGAAAGGACCCCCCGGACCACCUGGGGAUCCUGGUAAUCAUGGCACGGAAGGAGAAGUGGGCCCACCGGGAUUCUACGGAGAAGCUGGAGAAGCAGGCCGAAAAGGAGAAGCAGGCGACAGAGGAGAGCAAGGUGAUAAAGGAGCCAAGGGUUACAGCCUACCUGGUAACACUGGAGACCCCGGACCAAAGGGUCAGCGUGGACGUCCUGGCAGAGCCUUCAAUGGCCAGCCUGGAAGGCAGGGUCAAAGGGGGCAUACGGGCCGGCCUGGACUCAGGGGCCAUCCGGGUCUUAGAGGACCUCCAGGUGUGUGCGUCACCUCUGGGUGUGCUCAGCUGAACUCCACUGGUGGGACACCGCAGCCAGCAGAGCGAAGGUUGAGGAAUCAACCAUAGAUGAAGAAAUAUACAUGUUGAAUACUGACCUUAAAGGAAUAAAACAUGCAGGAUGGGUUUUUUGUUAGAAUCUGAUACGAUACAUUUAAAUUUAAUGUAAAUAUGCAAAUCAAACCCGAACUGAUCAUGUGAGAACAAAAGUGGUGCAAAAAAUAUAUUUGUAAAAUAAAAAAUUACACAUCUUUAUAAUAAAAAUCCAUUUUUGGUAA